CCUUCAUCCUUCUCUCUCUCUCUCUCUCUCUCUCUCUCUCUCUCUCUCUCUCUAACUCUGUGGAAGCUACAUAAGUAUAUACCGCAUAAAAAACUAAACAAUGUCGACAGAGUUGACGGAGGAGGAGUCGUUGUCCGGCAAGGAUUACCAAGAUCCACCGCGUGUUAAGAUUUUUGAGGCGAGGGAGCUAGGCAAAUGGUCCUUUUAUAGAGCAGUGAUCGCUGAGUUCAUAGCUACUCUCCUCUUUCUAUACAUCACCGUCUUGACAGUCAUCGGUUUCAAGAGCCAGACGGAUCUCCAAACGGGUGGUGGAGCCUGCGCCAGCGUCGGCCUUCUUGGCAUCUCUUGGGCCUUCGGUGGCAUGAUCUUCAUCCUUGUCUACUGCACUGCAGGCAUCUCUGGUGGGCACAUUAACCCCGCAGUGACGUUUGGACUAUUCUUGGCUAGCAAAGUGUCGUUGGUGAGAGCUAUAUCAUACAUAGUGGCUCAGUGUCUCGGAGCGACUUGCGGAGUUGGUUUGGUGAAAGUCUUUCAGAAGACUUAUUACAACCGUUAUGGCGGUGGAGCCAACGUCCUCGCCGAUGGAUACAACGUUGGUGUUGGUGUUGGUGCUGAGAUUAUCGGCACUUUUGUCCUCGUCUACACGGUCUUCUCAGCUACAGACCCCAAGCGUAAUGCCCGUGACUCUCACAUUCCUGUAUUAGCCCCAUUGCCAAUUGGAUUUUCCGUGUUCAUGGUUCAUUUAGCCACAAUCCCAAUCACUGGAACCGGAAUUAACCCGGCUAGGAGUUUUGGAGCUGCAGUCAUCUACAACAAUCAAAAGGCUUGGGAUGAUCAAUGGAUCUUCUGGGUGGGUCCAUUUGUGGGAGCAUCCAUUGCAGCUUUGUACCAUCAGUUUGUGUUGAGAGCUGGUGCUAUGAAGGCUUAUGGGUCAGUCAGGAGCCAGCUUCACGAGCUUCACGCUUAGAAUUUGAUUUUUUUUUCAAACUAUCUAAGUGGUGAAGAUUUCUUUGGGCUAGGAAGGAAGGAAAAAAAAAUAUCAAGUAAUAAUAAUAAAAUUUUAUUGGUGAGUAACAUUUAGUGUCGUAUUUGUUACUUUGAGGGGGAGGUUUGAGGGUGACUUUAUAAACCAAUUUGCAAUAUCCACGCCUGUAGAAUGUAUGUUUUCAUUUGAUGUAUUUGUGAUUUAUAUUCUGUACUUAUCAAUGCUUCUAUAUUUGAUGUAUGAUGUAUCAAAAUUAUUAAGUUUCUACUUAUUUAAUAUCACUUUCUUC